AUGUCAGGCGAUGUACAGCCAAGAAAACGCAAAGACAAAAGGAAAAAGAAAGAUGAACUAGGUAUCGAAGAGCCUCGUGGUACAGCAGCAGCUCUUGGUGAAGGUGAUGUUUUUAUACACUCAUAUAGUGAUCAUGGAACAGGUGGACAUUGGUGUGCUAAAGUUAUAUUCUUUUCUCUCUUGGCUAUACUGAUUACUCUUAUUGGACUUAUAAUAUUAGAAAAUAGGGGACUUACAGAGUUGGAAGCCAACUCUGUAGAGUCGAAAUAUUCAGGUGUUUUAGAAGGCUGGAUAGAAGAGGCUCCUGAAGAUGACCAUUAUGAUCAACAUACAUUAGAUUUGAAACAUCCUGAGGAUGAAGAUGAUGAAGAUCAUCUUGGUCCUGAAACCGAUCAUGAUCAUGAAGAAGAAGAUGAAGGACAAGAAAUAGAUGACGAACAUGAAGAAGCCGAAGAGACUGAAAGUAAUGAAGUAGAAAACAAUGAAGAUGAGGAAAAUGAAGAUAAUGAUGAUGAAAGUCAAAUGAGUGAAGAAAAUACUGAUGAAACAGAGGAAGUUGAAGAAAGGAUUCCCUACCGUCAAUAUAACUAUGAAGAAAAAUAUAAACAAUAUAAUGAUGUUGAUGAUGAUGAUGACGAUGAGGAGAAAAAUGAGGAUGAAGAUGACAAAGCAAGUGAAGAGGUUGAAGAGAAUGAAGACGACAAUUUGAGUGAUGAUGAAGAUGAUGGGCAAAAUUUAGAUAGUGAUGAAGAUGACGACGAUGUAGACAAUGUUGAUGAAGACGAAAACGAUGACGAUAGUGUUAAAUACGACGAUGAUGAUAAUGAUGAUGAAUAUGAAAAUAGUGAAUAUCAAGAAAAUGAUCAAGAUGAUUCAGAACUAAAUAAGAAUGAGGAAGAUUCUAUGGAAGAUGAUGGACAAGAUGAUGAUGAAGAUGAAAUAGAGAAAAUUGAAUCAGAAAGAAUAGACUGGGAGGAAUCAGCAGAAAAGUCAUAUGAAGAACGAGAGCAAGAUGCAUCAAAAGCUGACGACGAGGAAGAUGUUGAAGAUUUUCAAAAUGUCGAUGAUGAUGAUGAAGAACCACCCAUAGAACAGAUCACUACUCCGCCCGCAGGCAAACCUUUUGUCGAGAUCGAAGAAGAAGUUCCUGUAAAGCCGGUAGACACUUUAGCCGAAGAAGCCGAAUAUGAAAGACGGCAAGAGGAACUUCGCAAACAGAAGGAAGAGUCUCAAGGAUCUGAUAUGUGGCUGAAGUUGGCGGUGGGCGGUGCGCUACUCGUCGCCACGCACGCGGUGUUGCGUCGCGCCACUGCCAGGGAUGCUCCAGCGCCAGAAGAGCAAACUAGAGAAGAAACACCUAUGGUUGACCGUCGAAUGACUCUCCUUCCCGAAGAUCAAACUCCUAUAGUACAGCAAACCCCAAUAUAUGCUUCCCGUCCCAAUAUUGAUGAGGAAGUGUUCAAAAAACCUGCUCCUGUCGUUAAAAAUGAACCUAUAAUCAAACCAAUCCAGGAAGAAGUGAAAGAAAAGAAAUUAUUACUUGAAGAAAGGAAACCCACUGAGAAAGUUCAAGCAGAAGAAAAAGAUGAUGAAGAAAAAGAGUUAUACAGUGAUGAGGAAGAAAUUGUGGAAGAAGAAGAAGAGGAAGAUGAAGAAGAACCACCACCAAAAUUGACCCCUCAUAAAACACCACAAGCACCACAGAAAGAAGAAGAAUCAGAAACUGAAGAAGUUCCCGAAGACGUAGAAAUAAUAGACGACGAACAGAUUGACGAAGAAAUAGAAGAAGAGGAGGUAGACGAAGAUGAAGAAGAAAUAUCGGACGUCGAUGAUUCAGAACUUUUAAAUAGACUUGAAGCUAAAUAUGGCCGGCUACCAGAACCAGAGAGAUUCGGAAAAAACAAAGAAGGUGGUAACAGCAUAGACGACGAGUGGCCCGGCGAGCCCAGCGAGCCCUAUUGGAGGCAACAGCUUGACAUGGCCGAGGAAGAACUCCGCCAAGAUUGGCUGGAC